AACUUGACACCGGUAAGCACUAACAAGUGCCCUCUUCCCUGGCGCAUUUUAUUUGCACACGAUAAGAUAUCGAUAAUUGAUAUGUGACGGUAGCCAUAAUUGUUAGUUGGGCAGUCGUUGCGCUCGGUGUGUUGACUCCAGAUAAAUUUGUUUACGGCCAGUGUUAUUAAUGGUCGAGUAAAUUCUACACAUUUAGUUGUUUCUCGCCGGGACACGACGUAUCAAUAUGGACAAAAAAUGUGAGAGCGAUCCUCUAAUUAGUCAUUUAAAUAGGACAAGUGGUGAGAAUAGUGCGGAAGUUAGGGGGUCCUUGGAUACGAUAGAGUUUGAUGGAAAAAUGGCAAAGAGUUCGACACAGGCGGGAGAUUUGGCGGAGACAUGGGGUGGACGCCGUUCCUUGCCCGACUCGGGGCGUUUGCGAAGAGUACAGUCCUGGUCUGGUGGACCACCGGAUGACAUGAGCUCCGAGAUUAGGAUAUUAAGGGAACGGUUGGUGCGAACACAAACAAGACCACAUCCUGGCGCAGUUCGACAACUUACCACCCGGCAGCGACUCACGCUGUCCUCCCUGGCGAUAGUGGAUUUCAUGAGUUUCUGUUCCAUGAGCAUCAUGGCUCCUUUCUUCCCGAGGGAGGCCUCAAUCAAAGGCCUCUCAGACACCAUGUGCGGAGUGGUCUUCAGCUUCUACGCGGUCAUUAUGUUCCUAACAUCGCCGCUGUUUGGAAAAUUCCUGCCGUCCGUGGGCGCCAAGUUUAUGUUUACAGCAGGCAUGUUCGUGGCCGGCGUUUGUAAUGUUUUGUUUGGCACCCUCGUCUUAAUAGAAGACACAGUCACGUUCACCGCCCUUUGCUUCUUGGUCCGCGGCGUGGAAGCCCUCGGCGCCAGCGCAUAUUCUACAGCCAGCUACGUGUUCGUGGUCAAUGCGUUUCCCGACAGCAUCGGAUCUGUUUUAGGAAUAUUGGAGACAUUUGUAGGACUCGGCAUGUCUGUAGGACCAGCAAUAGGCGGUCUGUUAUACUCGAUCGGAGGCUUCGGACUACCAUUUUACAGUCUUGGAAUUGUGAUGGUCAUGACAGUGCCCAUAAACUUUAUCUUGCUAACGGACUGUGAAGAAUAUGUGUCUGGCUCAAAAACAGCUUCAAUAAUAAAACUAUUCAAAAUUCCGUCAAUAAUCAUCACGGGGUUGGUGAUAGUAAUAAUGUCCAACACUUGGGCCUUUCUGGACCCGACGCUAGAGCCCCAUCUACGACAGUACGGCCUAUCUACGGAACAAAUAGGGUUGAUAUUCCUUUUAUUUUCAAGUCUAUAUGGAAUCUUUAGCCCAAUUUGGGGCUGGGUAGCCGACAGAGUUCACAAUCAUUGGUGUAUGAUGGUGUGGGGUUUAUUUCUCUCAGCUGCUGGAUUGUUAUUGCUCGGACCAUGCCCUUAUAUACCAGGAUUGCCACGAGAUCUUUGGCUCGAUCUGGUAGCAUUGUCUAUUCUCGGAAUCUCAGUCGCUUUAACACUCUUGCCUACGUUCCAAGGAGUGUUAACAAGUUCUAUUUACGAAGGCGGAUGUCCUGAAGCGCUGGCAACCUACAGCGCCGUGGCGGGCGUCUGGUCUUGCUGCUACUCCUUUGGUGAAGUCCUCGGCCCUGCGUUAGGCGGCGCACUCACUCAGCGAUAUGGGUUUCCGUUCUGUGCCACCCUCUGUGCUGCAGCCUGCUUUACUAUGGGUGUAAUAACGCUGACUUUCUUCUCUCUUCGUGAAUCUGCUAAGUGGAUUCGAGGCUCAUCGGGAAGUGUGUCUGACUCCAUUCCAUACACAGAUACGACUUGGAACAGUAAUAAUUUCUGUCGAACCCGAAGUGCACCGGAGAGCAGACUAGCUGGUGAAGCUUCCCCUCUACUCACUCCUUGCUCCUGUGUUGCUAAACACAAUUACACAUACGGUACUACACCACCGAAACAUUUCUGUUUGCUACAUAGUAAAAGCAACAAGAGCGGAUCUGCAAGUGUUUCUGAAUUUGUUGUCUAUUUUCUUAAAUUUCAAUAUAUAACUGAUAUUUAUAUCAGAAUGAGAAGACGUAAAUUACGAGAGGAACUAGAAACUGAUUCAAACGAACAGCCCUAUCAGAAUUAUAUUGAAAUAGACAAAAAUGUGAAUAAUGAGGCUACCCAUAAAAGUACAACAAAAUUUUUUAAUAUAAACAACAACUUAGUGAAACCAAAUGAUGAUGAUUACUGCUCGUAUUUAGACGAAACUAUAUUUGGCAGUCCAGCGAUAAUGCAAAAUGUAAACAAUGAGCAUAUUAAAGUGAAAAAAAAUAACACCGGGCUGGUCUCGAAUGUUUUAAUUUGUGAUGAUGAGAGGAAAUAUUCUAAUGAAAUUUUAAGACAUAACAUUCAAAAAGUUAUAUUUUACGAAAGGAAUCAAGAAUGCACUUCUUUAAAAGAUGUAUUUGACAGUUGUGAGUGCCGAGAUGAAGUAACUUAUGUCAAGGGAACUGUAACUGUAUCUUCGAGUGGCGCAUGUGAAGUUUAACUUAAUUUAAAUUUAAAUAAAUCCAAUUUUAAAGAU